UGUCGGGGCUUGGUGCAGGGCAGAGGGGGAGUUCUGCUGGGUCAAAAAAUACACACAGGAGCUGCAAAUCAGAAACUCAGCAGACCUGCGCAACUUUCUAACAAGCACAGUUUUGGGGCUUUUUUUUUUUAAUUUUAAUUUACUACUUUUGAGUUGAAUCUGGUCGCUGCAAAGAUGACCACAGCCGUGGUGUCGCCUUUCUUCGACUUCGAAGUGAUCAACAAGAACAACAAAUUGCUCAGCUACAACAACAACCUGGUGCACCCCCAUCCAAUGUCUGUUCCUUGCACUGGCACCAAUGUGCCCCUCUCCAGCCCCACCGGAGCCCUGCUGGACAGGAAGGCGGUGGGGUCUCCCUCAGUUGGAGGUGUGUACCAGCGGCGUCACUCUGUCAGCAGCACAAAGUUCAGCCAGAACCAGUUUCUGAACAGCCUGAAGGCAGCGGACCACUCCUCAUUCAUCUCAGGGGUUGGCAAUGCCAGCAACAACAAGGAGAACCGCCUGCGAGACCGCUCCUUCUCAGAGACGGGCGAGAGGCUCCUCAACAAGUGCCUGGGCCCGGCCAGCCCCACCGGCAGCAACAGCCAGGUGAACUCCAGUCGCUACAAGACGGAGCUGUGCAGGCCCUUCGAGGAGAAUGGCUCCUGCAAGUACGGCGACAAAUGCCAGUUUGCUCACGGAAUCCAUGAACUGCGCAGCCUGAGCCGCCACCCCAAAUACAAAACUGAGCUGUGCCGCACCUUCCACACCAUCGGAUUCUGCCCCUAUGGGCCUCGCUGCCAUUUCAUCCACAACGCCGAGGAGCGCCGUGGACCCCCGCAGUCCUCCCCUCUUAACUCUUCCAACAAGAUGGAGAGGCCUCGACUGCAGCACAGCUACAGCUUCGCAGGCUUCUCGAGCUCAGCCGGGCUCAGAGACAGCCCCACCUCUGUCACCCCUCCACCCAUGUUCUUCCCUGAUGAGGUCCCCGACUGGCCCAGCAGUAACCCCUUCACCUAUUCCAGCCAGGAGCUGGCCAACCUGUUUGGGCCCAGCCUCAGUGCUGGUCCUGUAGGCACAGAGCUCAACACCCCUGCACCUCCCUCUCCAACAAGCACACCUUACUUUUUCAGACCCAUGUUGGAGUCCCCUCAGAUGUUCGAGUCUCCAUCCAGCCCUCCCGACUCGUUGUCAGACCAGGAGGGCUACCAGAGCAGCUCUGGAGGCAGCCUGAGUGGCUCUGAGUCCCCCACGCUGGACACCACCCGCCGCCUUCCAAUCUUCAGCCGCCUCUCCAUCUCUGAUGAUUAAACCGCACGCUUCCACCAGUGACUUUUAGUUCGAUGACACAGAGAGAACACGGCACUCCCCCUCUACCUCUGCCCUUUUCGAAUCUCCCUGUCCUUCCUUACACAAGAUACCAUGUUAGCUCCUGGUUAGCUUUGUAAGGACGUGGUCACUUAAGGGAACUCUGUUAACUCAAAUUAUCAUUUCAUCCCUGCCUACCCGCACAGCCAGUUUAAAAACCUACCCUGCCAUGUGUCAUAGUGCCAAAAAGGAGAGGAAAUUGAACAAUAUAAAUCAUGAGAACAAGAAUUGACUGUUUUGCCAGGUGCCACUUGUUAUUUUUUUUUUUCUUCUUCAUUUGUUCUUGAAUGUGUAGCAGCACAAGUGGCCUUGGAAAGGGGAGUGCAUUGCACUAGCCCACCCCCUCUUUCUCCCCCUUUCUCCUCCCUGACGAUACCACUUCCUCUGAGCUAGCUAGAGGGUGCUCACUAACGUAACUGUAGAUCUACCACAGCCGUUUUUACAGACAGAGUUCUGACAAAAGGAAAAAAAUAAAGACCCUGAAAAGAUAUGAAUAGUUUUUAAAAAAAAAAAGAAAAAAGUGCCUGGGGCGGUUUCUGCAUGUGUUUAGGGUGAAUGGACUACUGUUUGUUUUUGGUUCUUUCUCAUUUGCCCCUCCACCCCCCCCUUGUCACAGUUCUUCUCAAGCCCCGGCUUAUGUAAUUGUGGACUGGGUGAGUCUGCAGGAAGGACUUUGAACUGGAAGUUGGUUAUGUUCCCCCUCUUCAUGAGUUUUUCUCCUGUUGCUGGUCACUGGCUCUUUUUUUUUUGGGAAGGAAGUCUUGAUAUCAAACUGAUCAUUAAACCUGUAAGACUUUGUCCUGCCUCUCACCCCCUGCCUCCCCCCUUCAUCCUCGCCGAUCAGGGGAUUUCCAGCAUUCCCAUGGUGCAGUUGUACAUCCUGCAACUUGACGAGAUCGGAUCUCCAAGCUAUCUUACUUUACUUCUCUCCCCCCCCCCACUUUAGAACAUGCUCUGAGGAGCACUCUGUACUCAUUACAUCCCUUCUUUUUUUUUUUUUUUUGCUUCUUUUAUUUGAUAAUUAUUUUUUAUUAAUGUUAUUAUUACGGUUAUUAUUGUUUGAAAAAAACUUUCCAGACGAAGGUUUGCUUGUCACUGCUUAUUUAACUUAUCAGAACAUAUUUAUUGGUGAUCAUAUGCAUUUUUUGUUAAUUUUGUUUUGUAUUUAUCUGGAUAAUGAACAAUAGAAUAUAUUUUCUUUUAUGUUAAAUUAUGAUCUUCCAUAUUAAUCUAAAGAUUGUGAAGACGUUUUUGUCAGUUUUCCUUUUUUCACAGUUUAAUAUAUUGUACUUCAAUGACUUUUGUUCUGCAACUACACUUUGUCAAAAUGAAACUUAAUUUAAAGCAAAAAAAAAAUGCAAAAAAGACGUUUUGCGUUUUGAUUAUUUAUUGUACUUUUUUUUCUUACUCCCUCUUAUUGGACUGCAAUUCCAUUUAAACUAGAUUUGCUUGUAUUCAUUCCGGAUGUUCCCCCCCCACAUCUUUUAAAAUAACCUGACAGUAACAGUAGCUAACUGUUAUUCCAUUAAGUAAACUCUUGGGAUGAUGGUGGAAGUUAAGGGGUGCUUAGACCGCCCUCUGGUUUAGGAGAGUCUCCCCGUUAGAAGACUGGUUCAUGUUAAAAUGUCUUCUCUUGGCUCUGUUCUUACACCCAGUCUGUUAUUACAAGCAAUAGCUGUGACCAAAUGGGAUGGGGAAAGUUUAUUAUGUUUCUCUUUUUAAAAAUUGAUUGGAUGCUUGAUGCACUUGCUUGGCCCGCCCCCCCCUCUCCUCCCAUCUUGACCAUUGGAAGUGCCUCGUUGAAUACAUUCCAGGUAGCUAAGGCUUCUGUGCCUUUUAUAUUUGAUAAUGGAGGACAAUUCAUUUUUAAAAAAAGUCACAUGUUCUGUGUUGCCUUCACUUUUUUUUUGUUUGGAAGAGGUGAGCAGAUUUUGACACAAAGAAAGUAAAACAGUUGAAUGUAUUUUUUCAGCCAUGGUUUUUUUCACUACAGUAAUUUCUGUGAGUUUAUAUGAAAACCUGUUUUUUUUUUUUUCUCUUUUGUAAGUAUUGAUUGCAGUUAAGUCAAUAAACCCCGUAUUUUUGGAAAAGUUAAACUGUGUGAUGACUUUUGUACGGCGGGACGUCAUGCAGAUGAAAAUGCUGCGACACCUUUUUGCUGUCAGAAAUGAUUCAAGAUGCUUGAUGCUGUUACUGUACAUAUUUGUCUUUAAAAUUGUCUCCCUAUUAAACUUGAUAAUGAAUUUAAGUACAAA